AUGCUCUCUUUCUCUCUCCUCUUUCUUUGUAUUCUUUGUCAUUGUCCCUGUCAAUCCCAAAACUUAUGAGCUCUCCAGCAUGUUAGAUGUUCCAGCCUAAACUUUCUUUAAUUAUCAGUCACAGACUGACCAUAUAUUAUUAGUAGGAGAGUUCACAAGUUGAUAUAUAGUAUACACAAGCCACCACAAGUUGAAGGAAGGCUUAAGCUGGAGACAAGCAUGGUUUUGGAAGCAAUGUUCAAUUCCAGAAGUGCAACAAGUUUCAAGCUGCCUCAGUUUCAGAUAGAAUGGCCACAGCCAAGCUCUGGUUGUUUGUGGGAGGAUGCCAGCAUAAUUCUGCAACUUGGGCUCCUUGCACUCAUAUUUAUUUGCUUUGUACGGGAAAAUCUAUGCAAACACAGAACAAAAGGUGUAGAGAAGUACCCUGCUGGCAUAACGUACAGCCACUCUUACAAAAUCAGCACAAUUUGUUCCACUUUGCUUCUGGGAACUCAUUUCAUGCUACUAAUGCUGCACAACAAGACUAGUGCCUGGUGCAAAUCUCCAGUCCCAAUCCUUUCAUCAGAGAUCAUGCAAGUGAUAUCAUGGGCAAUAACAUUGAUUGCAAUAUACAAGAUUCCCAAUAGAAAGUGCAUGAAGUUCCCUUGGAUUUUAAGAACCUGGUGGUUCUGCAGCUUCUUCUUGUCACUAAUUCGCACGGCUCUUGAUAUUCAUUUAAUAAUUGUAAACCAUGACCACCUUAAAGUACAAGAUUAUGCUGGCUUCCUUUGUCUUCUGGCAUCCACAUGCUUAUUGGUUAUUUCAGUCCGAGGAAAGACAGGCAUGGUCUUUAAAGUUCCAAAUGGCAUCACUGAUCCGCUUCUGAAUGGCAAAACUGAAAAACGUUCUGAAGGUAAAAGGGAAUGUCUAUAUGGAAAAGCUACUCUUUUCCAACUCAUUACAUUCUCUUGGCUCAAUCCACUCUUUGCUGUGGGGUUCAAGAAUCCGCUCAACCAGGAUGAAGUCCCGGAUGUUGACAUCAGGGACUCUGCUGGAUUUCUAUCCAAUUCCUUUGACGAAAGCCUAAAACAUGUCAAGGAGAGAGAUGGAACCACAAGUCCAUCAAUCUAUAAGGCAAUCUUUCUGUUUGUCAGGAAGAAAGCAGCAAUCAAUGCAUUUUUUGCAGUGGUAACUGCCAUAGCAUCAUAUGUUGGCCCAUACCUUAUUGACGACUUUGUAAUUUUCCUGAGUGAAAAGAAAUUUCGGAGCUUACAGAGUGGUUAUAUUCUUGCACUGGGCUUUCUUGGUGCUAAAAUGGUUGAGACAAUAGCACAGAGGCAAUGGAUCUUCGGGGCUCGCCAGCUAGGCCUUCGGCUGAGGGCUGCUCUGACAUCUCACAUAUACAAAAAGGGCCUCUUAUUAUCAAGUCAAUCCCGCCAAAGCCACAGCAGUGGAGAGAUCAUCAACUAUAUGAGUGUGGAUGUUUCAAGAAUUACAGACUUCAUCUGGUACGUGAACAUAAUUUGGAUGUUGCCUAUACAAAUUUCCUUAGCAGUUUAUAUUCUACAUAGGAAUCUAGGAUUAGGGUCAUUGGUGGGAUUAAUUGCAACUUUAAUGGUGAUGGCUUGCAACAUACCAAUCACAAGAUUUCAGAAAAGAUACCAGUCUAAGAUAAUGGAAGCCAAGGACGAACGGAUGAAAGCCACUUCAGAAGUUCUCCGGAACAUGAAGACACUAAAACUUCAAGCAUGGGACAAUCAUUAUCUUCACAAUUUAGACAUUCUGAGGAAAACAGAAUACAAUUGGCUAUGGAAGUCACUAAGAUUGUCAGCAAUAUCAGCUUUUAUCUUCUGGGGAUCACCGACAUUUAUUUCUGUGGUGACUUUUGGGGCAUGUGUUUUCAUAUUGGGGAUCCCACUGACAGCCGGGCGAGUCCUAUCUGCAUUGGCCACAUUCCGAAUGUUACAAGAUCCCAUAUACAAUUUACCUGAUUUGCUCACUGUGAUUGCUCAGGGCAAGGUGUCUGUGGAUAGAAUUGCUUCUUACCUCCAAGAAGAUGAACUUCAGUCGAAUGCCAUUAAAUUUGUUCCAAAAGAUCAAACAGAAUUCGGAGUUGAGAUAAAUGGCGGAAAGUUUAGCUGGGAUGCAGAAUCAGAAAACCCAACCCUUGAUGGAAUACAGUUACAAGUGAAUAGGGGAAUGAAGGUGGCAAUUUGUGGCACUGUAGGAUCAGGGAAGUCCAGUUUGCUUUCAUGCAUACUAGGAGAGAUGCCAAAAAUGUCAGGGACAGUGAAGAUUAGUGGUACAAAGGCCUAUGUUCCUCAGAGCCCCUGGAUACUAACAGGGAAUGUCAGAGAGAACAUUCUCUUUGGGAAUCCUUAUGAUAGUUCGAAGUAUGACAGAACAGUUGAAGCAUGUGCCUUAAAUAAGGACCUUGAGCUAUUCUCCGCUGGUGACUUAACAGAGAUUGGAGAAAGAGGGAUAAAUAUGAGUGGAGGCCAGAAGCAAAGGAUACAAAUCGCUCGUGCAGCCUAUCAGGAUGCCGAUUUAUAUCUGUUCGAUGACCCUUUCAGUGCUGUGGAUGCUCAUACAGGAAAGAAACUCUUUGAGGACUGCCUGAUGGGAAUUCUUAAGGACAAGACUAUACUUUAUGUUACCCACCAAGUUGAGUUUCUUCCAGCAGCAGACCUCAUUCUGGUGAUGCAAAAUGGAAAAAUAGCACAAGCUGGAACAUUCGAAGAACUUUUGAAGCAAAAUAUCGGAUUUGAAGUUCUAGUUGGAGCUCAUAGUCAAGCACUGGAAUCAAUCCUAACAGUCGAAAGUUCUAGCAGAACAUCUAAAUCUGCAGCAAUUGAUGGUGAAUGCGACACAGAUCCCACUUCAAAUGCAGACCUUCCACUCACUAAUCAGGAAUCAGAGCAUAAUAUCUCUCUAGAAAUAACAGAAAAGGAUGGGAGAUUGGUGCAGGAUGAAGAGAGAGAGACAGGAAGCAUUGGAAAAGAAGUUUAUUGGUCUUACUUGACUGUUGUGAAAGGUGGAGCCUUAGUACCAAUCAUAAUUUUGGCCCAGUCACUUUUCCAAGUACUACAGAUAGCCAGCAAUUACUGGAUGGCAUGGGCUUGUCCUCCUACCAAUGAAACUGAGCCAGUAGCUGGGAUGAAUUUUAUAUUACUUGUCUAUGCACUUCUUGCUGCUGGAAGUUCACUUUGUGUUCUGGUCCGAGCCACGCUAGUCGCCACAACCGGCCUUCAGACAGCACAAAAGCUCUUCACCAACAUGCUGCAUAGUGUCUUCCGUGCUCCAAUGGCAUUCUUUGAUUCAACACCGACAGGAAGAAUCUUAAAUAGGGCAUCUACAGACCAAAGUGUGGUAGACUUGGAGAUGGCAGCCAGAUUAGGUUGGUGUGCUUUCUCAAUAAUACAGAUUCUUGGGACCAUUGCAGUCAUGUCGCAGGUAGCAUGGGAAGUAUUCGUCAUCUUCAUUCCAGUAACAGCAAUCUGCAUAUGGUACCAACAAUAUUACAUACCAACUGCAAGAGAAUUGGCACGUUUAGCAGGAAUACAACUAGCUCCAAUCCUCCACCACUUUGCAGAAUCACUUGCAGGAGCAGCAGCAAUCCGUGCUUUUGACCAAAAAGACCGCUUCACUGAUGCGAAUCUCCGUCUUAUUGAUAACCACUCCAGAUCAUGGUUUCACAAUGUAUCAGCAAUGGAAUGGCUUUCUUUCAGACUAAACCAGUUGUCCAAUUUUGUUUUUGCCUUCUCACUGGUUUUGCUUGUAAGCCUCCCUGAAGGAAUUAUUAAUCCAAGCAUUGCAGGGUUGGCGGUAACAUAUGGAAUCAAUUUGAACAUACUUCAAGCUUCAGUUAUCUGGAACAUAUGCAAUGCAGAAAAUAAAAUGAUAUCUGUCGAAAGAAUUCUUCAGUACUCAAAUCUAGCCAGUGAAGCACCUCUGGUUAAUGAAGAAUGCAGACCACCAAACAACUGGCCAGAUAUUGGAACAAUUUGUUUCAAAAAUCUGCAGAUCCGUUACGCUGAACAUCUCCCAUCGGUCUUGAAAGACAUUACUUGCAUAUUUCCGGGAAAAAAGAAAGUAGGUGUUGUGGGAAGGACAGGCAGUGGGAAAUCAACCCUCAUACAAGCCAUUUUUCGAAUUGUAGAACCCAGAGAGGGAAGCAUUGUCAUCGAUGAUGUAGAUAUUUGCAAGAUAGGUCUUCAUGAUUUGAGAACAAGACUUAGCAUAAUUCCACAAGACCCAACAAUGUUUGAAGGAUCAAUUAGAGGAAACCUUGAUCCACUACAGCAGUACUCUGACAAUGAAAUUUGGGAGGCACUAGAUAAAUGUCAACUUGGUGAUUUAGUGCGUGCUAAGGAAGAGAAGCUGGAUUCUACAGUGGUCGAAAAUGGAGAGAACUGGAGUGUGGGCCAAAGGCAGUUAUUCUGUCUCGGAAGAGCCUUGCUAAAGAGAAGUAGCGUUCUCGUACUGGAUGAGGCAACAGCAUCAGUUGAUACUGCAACUGAUGGAGUGAUACAGAAGAUCAUUAGUCAAGAGUUCAGAGAUCGAACUGUUGUCACGAUAGCUCACAGAAUCCACACGAUUAUAGAUAGUGACCUUGUCUUGGUCCUUGAUGAAGGAAGAAUAGCGGAGUACGACACACCAGCAAAGCUACUGGAAAGAGAGGAUUCCUUCUUCUCAAAACUGAUCAAGGAGUACUCCAUGAGAUCACAAAAUUUCAAUAGCUUGGUGCAAGUGCAAAACUGAAUCUUGAUGCUGACAAUUUCAAGAAAUGAAACUUGCAUGGCCAUCUCAUGAAAGAGAGACCAUAAGUUAAGGGGUAGUAGCACAUCACUCAGAUAGGCAACAAAGGUUUGAGUCAUUUCUCAGCUCUGACAGAGGAGACAGAUAGACUGCUUUGGAGGUGAAGUGCCGUUGAUAUUAGUGAAUAAUAAUAAGGGCUCAGUGCACACGACACCCGUGGGGGGAGGGUUUGAUGUACGCAACCUUACCUCUGAGGCUAUUUCCUGUAACAAGCCUGAAGUCAUUCCUUAUCCUGAUUCAGCAUUUCUAGGGCUGUCAUAUGUAUGAUAAAAACAAAAUAAUGAAAGAUUCUCCCAGAGGCAUCAUAAUAUCAUUCAAGAUUACUGGUGUAUUAUUAGAAAAACAUAUAUAUGUGUAAGAUUAUUGCCUAAUAAAAGUCUAGUGUGAAAUUAUGCGAUC